AUGGAUGAUAAUACCCAAGAUUCUGUUGCUGCAUCCGUUGAGAAUUGUUCUAGUUCUAAAAGCGGUGGUGUCUCGGUAUCAAUUCGACGUUCGUUUUCAAACUUAACUCUUGACAAAUCUGUAUCGAAAUCAAAUAAUAAUAAUAAUUCAUUAGAAUCCUCUAGCGUUACAUCCCUACCAUUAUCUAAACAAAAAUCAGCUACAUUUUCCACCAAGAAAUUAAAAUUAAGACCUAAAUCUGCUCUUCCACCACGAAAAUCUUCAAAUACUCUUCAAAGUGCUUCAUUAAUUUCUAGUACAGCUGGCGAUUUAAUACCUCGUUCAAAUCCUCCUCUUGGUCGCCCGCCUUCUACACCUACGUUGCAUUCGGUAUCAUCCUCAUCUAGUCAUAUAUAUGAAGACUCAUCAAUAAUCUUAAAUAAUCCAUCACAACUUCCACCGCUAUUACCACCAUCAUUUACCCUCUCGCAGAAAUUAAAAACCGGGAGAGUUGUUAGUUUUUCCGAAGUAGGAGAUAGAAAUGGUUUCCCAGUUUUAGUUUUUUUAGGAAUGGGCUGUGUGAGAUAUUUUAUAGCUUUCUUUGAUGACCUUGCCUCAAGUUAUGGGUUAAGAUUGAUAUGUCCUGAUCGACCAGGUGUUGGACUUUCAGAUGACGUUAAGGUAGAUGAACAACAAGUAUUGAAGUGGCCAGAUGUGAUUGAAGAGCUUUGUGAAAUACUUAGUAUAGAUAAAUUCUUUAUUAUGGCACACAGCGCUGGUGCACCAUACGCACUUGCUUGUGCUAUGAAGAUACCUGAAAGAUUGCAAGGAACUAUAUAUCUUGUAUGUCCGUGGGUGAGCACAACGAUCGCCAAUAAUUUUAAAUGGCUACGUUUCGUUCCUACACCUAUUAUGAAGCUCACUAACACUGCAGGGAUUUCUUUACAACAAAUGCUUCACGGGAGACAACCUUAUUCCACUAAACCAUUACAUCAACGAAAUUCUGGAGCUUUGGCUUCUCCAAUGUCAAGCCUUGAGAAAAAACAACAAUUAGGAAUUGCAAUCCUUAAGGCUUCUUUUGCUGAAAAUUUAUCUGGUGCUAAUAAUGAUUUGCUUAUGUGUUUCGAGCGACGUCAUUCAUUUGGAUUUUCAUACACUGAUAUUAAUCAUCCUGUACACGUUUUCCACGGCACAAAAGAUGAAAGGAUUCCAGUAUCGGCAGUAAAAUGGAUGGAAGAUAAUAUGCCUGACUGUAAAUUGUCAUUGAUUGAAGGUGGCAAACAUUCUUUACUUUUACGUGCUGAGAUCGUGGAUACGAUAUUUAAAAGUAUCGCCGUGCAAUUACACGUUAAGGAUGAAUGUCGAGUUUGCAAAAUUUCAGCUAAAUGCUGGCUAAUGGAAGAAGCGGAAAAUGCUAGAAAAUUAAAAGAGGAACAAGAAAGGAAAUCAAGGCAAGAAGAAGAAGAAAGAUUACGGAAACAGCCUAUCGAAAAUAUUGCUUGCACUUAA